AUGUCGGACAACGGGAAAACUUUCGUAGGCGCUCAAAGGUCAAUCCACCGAGAACUUUCCACUUUUCUUAAGGAAGCCGCCUCAGAUAUCGCUGGAAAAUACACCGUACAUGGCCUCUCCUGGCAAUUUAUACCACCAUACGCUCCUCAUAUGGGAGGCCUGUGGGAAGCAGCGGUUAAAAGUUUUAAGACGCACUUCAACAAAGUCGCGGGGAAUCACAAAUUCACGUUUGAAGAAUUCACCACACUGCUGAUACGAAUCGAAGCGGUACUCAAUUCCAGACCGCUGUCGCCUUUGUCUCAAGAUCCUAGCGAUUUACAGCCCCUUACUCCCGGUCACUUCUUAAGAGGAGCACCACUUGUCUCUCUGCCAGAACCUAACGCAGAAAACCUGUAUCUUCCAAACAAGUGGCAGAAGCUCAAGGUACUUCACCAUCAAUUCAGCACCCGAUGGAAAACUGAAUAUUUGCAAGAGCUACACAAACGGCAUAAGUGGAAAGGCAAAGAACCCAAUAUCGCAGUGGAAGACCUCGUCGUCAUCAAAGAAGACAGCCUCCCACCAAAUGAUUGGCGCCUCGGACGUAUUGUUAAGCUCUAUCCCGGUCCCGACCAAAACGUUCGCGUGGCUGACAUCCGUACCCAAAAGGGAAUUAUAACACGCAACAUCGCAAAAUUAUGCUUGUUACCACCUCCACCCAGCACAAUGGAUGCUUAA